UAUAAACGUAACCAUUCCAAUAUCUAAGUAUUUAGUUUUCUUUCUAAAAAAAAAUUCGAUCGAGGCCGGAGGAACUGAAGAAUGCUUUUCAAUGCACAAAAGGCUUUCUUGAAAUUAGCUUUAGGAACUCGACUGAGAGGCCAGCCUUAUGGAGGAGGAGCAUCGCCGAAGUUGAAGGGGGAGUUUUUUCCGGUGUACGUGGCCGUGGGGAUGAUAGCGUUAGCAGCAGGGUUCGGGAUCCACACUGCCCGUCACCAGUUGGGCCGGUCGCCCAACGUGCAUUUGAAAAAGUCGAGGAGGGAGACGGUGGCGGAGGUGGUGGAGCCGGACCAAGUGGUGGAUGAUGCCAACAACUUCAUCAAGAAAUCUUUCUUUAGGAAGGUUGCUCAUGUCCAGCACGACUUUGAUUCUACUCAACCAAUCAUUCCUGAUCCCAUAAGAGGAGAUGUCCUUGCUAGGGAGCCGAAAGCGGAGACGCUCAAGUCCGUUGGAGUGAAUCCAAAUAUGCAGCAGCAUUGAUGGAGCUGCGCUUUCGAAUCACAGCUCAUUUUGUGUCCACAGUUAAUUACCCCGGUUUGUUUGUUUGUUUACACAUCCAACUAAUAGAACACUUGUGUGAUGCGCGGUUAAUGAAACUUCACGAGUAAUUAAUUUUAGUCACAUUUGAAAUUUAAAAGCAAAUUUGUAAUUUUAAUUGAACAGUUGAUUUAAAUUAUACUUUGUACAAUAAUAAAGAUUGAUGUAAAAAUGAUUAUGGAGUAUACACA